UUUUUUUAGUAAAAUUGAUAAGGUUGAAGAUGAAAAAAUAGUAUGAGUAGAGCAAAUCGACCGAUUUCGAACCCGCCCGAACGCUAUAACAUGACCCGACCAAUGAGAUCUUAACCCAUGAGAGUUUUUAGCCUUUGGCAAAUACGGGCAGAAUACAAGAAUGUCGAGCAAGAUGAUGUUAAUGGCGACCUCACUGACCCACGCUAGGCCGCUAGCUUACGCCGCCGCCUCGGCCUGCCUCUACCCUGCGCGGCUGGUUCCUCAGCCGCCGGACAUCAUAAAGUGGGUCCGUAGAGAAGGUGGAUUUGUGCACCAGUCCAUCAAGAUAGCAUAUUUGGAGGAGGAAAAACCCAAUGGGCUCGGGCUUGGCCUCGGGCUUGUGGCUUCGGAGGAAAUCCCUAAAGGGUCCGACCUCAUUAUCCUCCCCCAACACAUUCCUCUCAGGUUCGAUGCCAAAGAUGGGGAGCCCUCUGCUUUGAUUGAUUUAGCUCGACAUAUUCCGGAGGAACUGUGGGCAAUGAAAUUGGGUCUGAAGCUUCUGCAAGAAAGAGCGAGAAAAGGUUCCUUCUGGUGGCCCUACAUCAGCAAUCUUCCUGAAACUUAUAGUGUGCCCAUUUUCUUCCCUGGCGAGGAUAUCAAGAAUUUACAGUAUGCUCCUCUUCUUCAUCAGGUAAACAAGAGAUGCCGUUUUCUUCUUGACUUUGAGAAAUUAGUGAAGAACAAACUUGGAAAUGUCAAACUGGACGACCACCCUUUUGGAGGCCAAGAUAUAGAUGCAUCAUCACUUGGAUGGGCAAUGUCAGCUGUUUCAUCUCGAGCAUUCCGUUUAUAUGGCAGUAGACAACCAGAUGGGACCCACGUUGAUACUCCCAUGUUGCUUCCACUAAUAGACAUGUGCAACCACAGUUUCAUGCCAAAUGCUGAAAUUGUACAAGAAAAGGAAGCAAACAAUGAGAGCAUGCUUGUAAAGGUCAUUGCUGGAAAGCAGAUCAAACAAGACGAUCCAUUAGAACUUAAUUAUGGCUGUUUAAAUAACGAUCUUUUCCUUCUAGAUUAUGGAUUCGUCAUUCCAUCAAACCCAUAUGAUUGCAUUGAACUGAAAUAUGACCCAGCUCUUCUGGAUGCUGCAAGCAUGGCUGCUGGGGUUUCAUCCCCCAACUUCUCUUCACCAUCACCAUGGCAGCAAAGAAUUCUGCUCCAGUUAAAUCUGGACGGUGAAAAUUCUGAUCUUAAGGUAAGGAUUGGAGGAUCAGAGUUAGUAGAGGACCGGCUCUUGGCUGCCUUACGAGUUCUCCUAUCCAAUGACAGAGAAGCAGUAGAAAAGCAGGAUUUAGCUACAAUUAAAUCGAUUAACUCAGAGGCUCCUCUUGGAACAUCAAACGAGGCGGCUACUUUCCGCACCAUGAUUGCUCUCUGUGUGAUUGCGCUCGGGCACUUCCCAACAAAAAUCAUGGAAGAUGAAUCCACAUUAAAGGAGAAAGUCUCUACAACAACUGAGUUAGCUGUCCGAUACAGGGUCCAGAAGAAGUCUGUCAUUAUUGAUGCCAUGAGGGAUCUUAUAAGGAGAGUGAAGUUACUUUCGUCGAAGGAAUCCAUCACUUCCCAAUAAUUAUGUGCUCAAACAGUCACUAGAAGAGGCAUUUUUGUGUUGCCUCCUUCGUGAUAACCUAUGGAUGUUUUCAUGCAUUUCAUCUCAUUGUAAAAGUUCUCCGUUACGAUUUUUGUUCUGAAUCUGAAAUAUGAUGGAAAUAUAGAGUUUGUUCUCCAGUUACCUGCA